CAAAAUAACAGUUAAACUGGAGUAAAACUUUCUUAUAAAAGACGUGAUUUUUGCCAGCAAUAGAAUCAACAACCAAAGUAAAAAUUUAACCACGGAAAUGGCAGGAAAGUUGGCAAUUUUACAAGCAUUAUUCCUUAGUUCAGUAAUUCUAGCUCUGUUGACUAGAAUUAAUGCUGGAGACAUUGCCAUUUAUUGGGGUCAGAACGGGAAUGAGGGAACUCUGGAAGAAACUUGUGCAACUGGUGAUUAUGCCUUUGUCAACAUAGCUUUUCUUCCAACCUUUGGCAAUGGCCAGACACCAGUAAUCAAUCUCGCUGGCCAUUGUGAUCCGUACACAAAUGGCUGCACCAGCUUAAGCUCUGACAUAAAAUCUUGUCAAGCAAAAGGGGUCAAGGUAUUGCUGUCUAUUGGAGGAGGCGCAGGGAGCUAUUACCUUACCUCUUCUGAGGAUGCUAGACAAGUUGCAACUUACCUUUGGAACAAUUUCUUGGGGGGAAGUUCAUCAUCUCGCCCGCUUGGGGAUGCUGUUUUGGAUGGAAUUGAUUUCGAUAUUGAAGGAGGAACAAACCAGCACUGGGAUGAUCUUGCUAGAUACCUAUCUGGCUAUAGCAAAAAGGGCAAAAAAGUAUACUUAGCUGCAGCUCCUCAGUGCCCAUUUCCUGAUGCAUGGGUUGGGGGUGCCCUUAAAACAGGCUUAUUUGACUAUGUUUGGGUUCAGUUUUACAACAAUCCUCCUUGCCAGUACUCUGGAGACAUGAGCAAUCUUGAAAAUGCUUGGACACAGUGGAAUUCAGAUAUUGCUGCCACUAAGAUUUUCCUAGGACUACCUGCAGCCCCUGCAGCUGCCGGGAGCGGCUUUAUACCUGUGGCUGACCUUACUUCUAAGGUUCUACCAGCGAUUAAGGGCUCUUCCAAGUACGGAGGAGUUAUGUUGUGGUCUAAGUACUAUGAUGAUCAGACUGGAUAUAGUAAAUCCAUAAAAAGCCAUGUCUAAUAGUCUAAAUAUCUCUCCCAGGGCUAUGGCAGUAUGGGAAUGUAUUUCUUCAACAUGACUAUGAUGUAUAAAUAUUUGCAGACAUGUGAGCUA